AUGUUCGACAAUGGUCUGGGUGAUAAGUUUAUUCUUGACAGUGGAACUCUGAUCGGAUCCUACAGACAUCAUGAUAUCGUUCCUUGGGAUGAUGAUCUCGAUGUAUUGGUUGAUGUAACUGUCAGAUCCAAGGUACAGACACUGUUGGAACAACUCAGUCCGAUAUAUCAGCUGACCAAACAAAAGAGCCGCGAUAAAUUCUACACAGUCACUACCCCCAUGUUUGAUACUGACUCGUCCGAUUUGCUAGUUAGUCGCCGUGUAUCUGAAUUCCCAUGGGGUUGGCCUUAUUUGGACAUUGGAUACUAUCAGCAAAACAACACUCAUGUUUGGGAGAUCGCACCGAGUUAUGGCAUAAAACAUGAAUGGUCCAUAGACCUAUUCCUACCACUUCGGUUGCGACCGUUUGGUGAUGAAUGGUACCCAGUCCCAUAUCGGACAGCGGAAUUCUUACGUGUUGCCUACGGUUCUGAUAAUACAUGUGUCCAUUCUGGUUACUCUCAUGUUCUCGAAGGUGGUGGACCAAGUGGUACACAGAACUGUACUGAUCUAUCAACACGAUAUGCAUUUGUUGAGCAUCGUUUAGUUCCCCAUACCAAUUACCGUGUGAUCACUUCCUCAUCGUUGACGGACUCUUUUGUUCUCGGCGAGGAAAGAUUGGUUUUGCGGGAUGUUGUUGGAAACACACAUGUCAUACACACACUACAAAUGCCAGUGUUGGAAUCGGAAACUCGAUCAGAAACCUACGGAUUAGGUGAACGUAAAUAG